AUGCGGCCGACGCCGCUGUGGACGUUUGUGUCCGCUGGUGUGCGGUAUUCGCAGCGGGCGUCGGACAAGCUGUUUGCGGAUGCGGCGCGCGAAGAAGCGCAGCAGGGCGCGCGGCGACCGCGCUUGAGCAUGGAUCCGCAGGAUCCUGUGUGGACGGGCGAUGAGCGCUUAGAGGAUACGGUGCUACGCAUGUUGAUGGACAAGUACAAGCCGCUGCGACAGCAGGUGUCGAUGCGGGCUGCUGAAUCCAGCCGGCUGAGGCAGUCCCAGAAGCCGACGCUGCGGCCUACGGAGUCGCGUCGUGAAACGGCUCCCAAGACACCCUACACGCCGCCUGGCCAGCCAUGGAAUGCUGUGUUCGUGCGACCGUCUCACGCGGCUGCCGAGGAGCCGCGCGUGUACCGCGGGAAGUACAUGGACGUAAGCCCGCCCAAGUCGGACAUGGCGCAGCAUCUUGCAAGGAAGGGCAUCGCGCCCUCUCAGCUCGCGCUCGACGACCGAAAGGCCAUGAGUGAGUUGCGGCAUGCAUUGCGGCGAUCCAUGCACCGCGACAAGAUCGAGGUCGCGAGAGACAUCAAGCUAGGACGCCAUGCUCCCAUGCCAAGCGAGGAAUCUGCGCCGCAGAUCGGCAUGCUCGGCGCGACGAAAGGGCUCGCCGGGAUAGCCGAGCAGCGCAUUGUCGAAGCACAAGCCAAGGGCCUAUUCCGAUCCAAUCCGCUUCAUGGCAAGCCUAUGCCACGCGACUAUAAUGAGACGAAUCCGUUCCUGCAUCGCGAGGAAUUCGUGCUCAACCGCAUGAUUCAGCGGCAGGGCAACGUGCCGCCGUGGGUCCAGCGAAAUCAAGACUUGCAGACAGAGAUGCGCUCUUUGCAGCAGCGCAUCCAGCAUGCCUGGAUCUGCCGUAUGCUGUAUCGACUCGAUGCGUCUGAGGAGUGGGGCUCGCUGGCUCCCGUGCACGUCCAUUGGCACGAUCAUCUGGGACCGGACGACCUGCGCUCCUACCGCAUCGAGGCACGCAGCGAGGCCGAGCAACGCACGCUCGAGUGGGUGCGUACGUUCCGUGAUGCGGCAUGGAUCGCGGCCGAGUCAGCCUACCAUACGGCUGCGGUAGACCAGCUGAACCAAGUCAUCCGCUCGUACAACCACACGGCGCCUCCGUCGGCGCGCAAAGUGCUCGUGACCAAGGACGCGUUUCUCGCCUCAUCCAUCCAGCGGGCCUUUCCCCUCAUGGUCGACGCCGCCAGCGCGCGCAUCCGCGCUCGGCGCGAGAUGCCACGCAAGGCCAGGACGGACACGCCGCGAUGGCCACGUUGGCUGUGGUAG